AUGUCUUCCGAACAAAAGCCUCUCAGCUGGUGGAAGCGCCACUGCACUCCGCCGCCGGCCAUCAACCGAACUCCUCAGUGUCCAUGCUCCGCCUGCUGGAACGGCAACGGCGAGCACUGGAAGACGACCGCCCCGCAGACCACGGCACCGAGUUACACGUCUACACCGAGUCCGCCAACAAAAGAAACACGAGCACAAACUCUGCGACGAGAAAUAGAAUCAGACCUGACGCCCCUCCACCGUGAAGAGACUUCUUCAACGACAAAUCUCAGCGUCUACUCCCAGGAAAGCAGCACCAGCUCAGACCGUGCCUCUCUCACCAACGUUCACCGCCCAGCCCGAGGAAAGGAAAUCUUCUAG